AGUGUCGCGCUGCUAUAGCUCCGUCUUGGGUCUUGAGCUCGCUCGUUCCCCUUGCUUGCUUAGCCCGCCAGCCAUGCCGCUUUUCACAGUUAAUGUAAAAUGGGGCAAAGAAAAAUUCGAUGGAGUGGAGCUGAAUACAGAUGAACCUCCAAUGGUAUUCAAAGCACAGCUUUUUGCUUUGACUGGAGUUCAGCCUGACAGACAGAAAGUGAUGGUGAAAGGUGGAACUUUAAAGGAUGAUGAUUGGGGUAAUAUCAAAAUAAAAAGUGGGAUGACCUUAUUAAUGAUGGGCUCUGCUGACGCACUUCCUGAAGAACCAGUAGCCCGGCCUGUCUUUGUUGAAGAUAUGACAGAAGAACAGUUAGCAUCAGCAAUGGAAUUACCGUGUGGAUUAACAAAUCUUGGGAAUACUUGUUAUAUGAAUGCUACAGUUCAGUGUAUUCGCUCUGUGCCAGAAUUGAAAGAAGCUCUCAAGAGGUAUGCUGGUGCCUUAAGAGCUUCAGGGGAAAUGGCUUCUGCUCAGUAUAUUACUGCAGCUUUAAGAGAUUUAUUUGAUUCUAUGGACAAAACUUCCUCCAGUAUCCCUCCCAUCAUUCUUCUCCAGUUUUUACACAUGGCCUUUCCUCAGUUUGCAGAGAAAGGAGAUCAAGGCCAAUAUCUUCAACAGGAUGCCAAUGAAUGCUGGGUACAGAUGAUGCGAGUACUGCAGCAAAAGUUAGAAGGUAUCGAAGGUGAUGCAGUAAUGGAAACUGACUCUUCAGUUUCAGAAACGGCAGCAACGGCACCUCCUAAAAAGAAAAGCUUAAUUGACCAGUUUUUCAGUAUUGAGUUUGAAACUAUCAUGAAAUGCACAGAAGCAGAAGAGGAGGAAGUCACAAAAGGAAGAGAGAAUCAACUCCAGCUUAGUUGUUUUAUCAAUCAAGAAGUUAAAUAUCUUUUCACGGGUCUUAAAUUGCGUCUUCAAGAAGAAAUAACUAAAUUAUCACCAACAUUGCAAAGGAAUGCCCUUUAUUUAAAAACGUCCAAGAUAAGUCGUUUGCCUGCAUACCUUACUAUUCAAAUGGUUCGAUUUUUUUAUAAAGAGAAAGAAUCUGUGAAUGCCAAAGUUCUCAAAGAUGUUAAAUUUCCACUUAUGUUGGAUGUAUAUGAACUAUGUACACCAGGCCUUCAAGAAAAAAUGGUUUCAUAUCGAUCAAAAUUCAAGGACCUGGAAGAUAAAAAAGUAAACCAGCAACCAAAUAAUUCUAGUAAAGGUGAUGGCUCACAGAAGGAGAUUAAGUAUGAACCAUUUUCUUUUUCUGAGGGUAAGUAGAAAGACAUUUAAGAACAGCAGAUAUUUUUACUCUGCUUUAUCUUAAAAAUGGAAAGCAGAUACAUUAUUUGGGAAUACCAAUUAGUGAAUAUCUGAAACUAUGAUUGUAUGAGUUGUCUACAACGUACACUGAAAGGAUUGUAACAGCCACUAUGUAGGGCAGACAGGCGGAAAAGUAAUGGAGUAAUUCCAUGACACACAAACUAAUGGACAGUCAGAAGAUACUAUGAAAACUGCUUAAUUUCACAACACAUGGACAGAUUCAAUCAACAUUUUAACUAAGAAACCAUGAGCAUCCUUGAUCAAGCUAAAUAAUAAUAAUAAAAAAACACUAGGGAAUUUCUGGAAGCUUGAUACACCAACAAAGCAGUCAUAAAUAAACAGAGGUAAUUCAGCAAGCUUUUAACUUCAAAUUAAUUUUGAAUCUCAAAAAUGACUAAUACAAAAUGAUGGAUUAAAAUAAAUGUACUGAUUCUAUUUUAUAAAAAUUCAGUGUUGAAUAAAAUUAUUACAUUAAUUUUAAUCUAGCUUGAAAUGUUUGUAUCUUAAAUGUUUCAAAGUAAUAAUAAUAAUAAUCUGUAGUCUGCUGCAGGUGAUGGAUCUGAAGAAAAAGUUACAAAAGUAGCAAUGCUAGUAUUUUGCCAAUUCUAUUCUAUGCAGUUGUACAACUUUAAAUGCCAAGCACUCUGAUUAACUCUGUUAUUGUACCUAUAGGUGUGAUACCUAUAAAUAUCUAUUAUGGAUUUAUUUCAAUGGCUUCUCUCACCUCUAGUGUCUAAGCAGUGAGAUUUUGGGACUGCUUAGAGUUUUAAAAAACUCUAAAAGCAUCCAGCAAUCUUUUGAAAAUUAAA